CCUGGGCGGACCACCGCGCGAUUGCGCUUCGUUCGUCUCAAAAGCGCCGACCGUUCUCCAGGUGAAUCCUCCGCUAGCGGUGACGUUAACGCCGACGGAAAUUUCGGCCCGUGACUAGAAGAGGGGACGGACAAAUAAUCGGCGGGAAUUCCGGAACUUACCGCAUCACGAUUUUCGAAAGCAAUGGAAUUCCUUUUCCCUUGGCUUGCGAUGGUGAUGCGAAUAGGCGAAAACUGAUCGAUCGCACGGACACGUAUUUUGCAGGACCCUGCGAUCACCGAAGCAUUAUACCUGGAUCGGUGAUUAAUAUGUGCGCGGUGUUCUAAAAGUCAACGCGUUUUUUUUUUUUUUUUAAAGUUUUUAUUACCUCUUUGAAAUUGAAAACAUUAUGGUGACGACGUUUUACCUGUGGUCGUUUGAAAGUAUAAAACGGGCCGCGAAAGUGUCGGAUAAAAUAUAAAAUAUUCCUCUGUAUUAAUAUACGAAUACAGAUAGUACGUAUAAUAUUUUUGUGUUAAUAUUAUAAUAUUUGUUAGACCGUACAACAUCGAGGACUGUGCAACGCUUAGGGUUUCUCAUGUAUAAGCGGUAAUCGCGACGGUUGAAUAUGACGGGAUAAAAAUAACUUUGAUAAGGAUACAAACCGCGGUGCGGACCGGAAGCUUUAAUUCCGUAAUGGACAUCUUUAAUUUUAUUCGUCGUUGACUGACCGCCAACGGUUAUUGCAUCAUAACAGCCGACUGAUAACAACGUUGCGGUCUCAGGCUGCGCGAAAAUACACGCUAUGCGACAAAGAGUUUAACGUCACGUUGGGAAGAAACUUCCAGCAAGUCCUCGAACAAGGAUAAUUUUAUUUUAUAACAGUUUUCAGUGUAAGCUCAAGUGCGCUUCAAACACUUUCAACAAAUGCGGUCUCGCGACUUUGGCAGUGUAAUCGUGCGUUCAUUUGGAGCACGCGAUAUCGGCCACCUUCCGUUCAUCUCUGCUUAGAAAGUGGGAAAAGGACACCCUUGCAACCUACACCGGCCGACGCGACGGUGAAUUGCCAAGGGUGCUGUGGUGAUGUACGACAGCACAAGCUGUUCGUACGCAGGGGCGCUAGAUCUGAAGGGAGCUGGAUCUGGCACGGCAGUCGCCACCGCCGGGUCAGGGGUCAAGCAGGAGAACUGGCCUUAUCGGGGUCUCGCCUGUGGAAGCACCUUUCAGCAGCUCAAACAGAGCGUCGAAAAGGCGAAGCAAGCCUUGGCUGAUCGAGGCGGCUACCUGGCCGGCGCUUUCUCACCACCACCGAGGGCUAAUUCUGCUGCCAUAUCACCGACCACUUCCAUCACCGAUGCCAGCAGUUCGUACAAAGGCGGCUGGAGUCACGCCGCUUCACCUGCCCCUGGCCAGGGAUACGGCAGUAGUCUUUCAAAGUCUGCGCUCGACACGCAUUCGCACCUCAGACAACCCGUUUCUUUAUUUUUUGCGUUUCCAGGAGUUUUUCUCACGGUCGACACUAUGUCGGUAUCGGUUCCAGAUCCGUACCAAAUGUUCGGAGCGACCAGCAGUCGUUUGGCGAGUUCGGGCUCGGGGCAAAUUCAGCUGUGGCAAUUUCUGCUCGAGCUAUUGUCCGACUCGAGUAAUGCUGCCUGCAUCACGUGGGAGGGUACCAACGGUGAAUUCAAACUGACAGAUCCGGACGAGGUUGCCAGGCGGUGGGGCGAACGGAAGUCGAAGCCAAACAUGAACUACGACAAGCUUUCGAGAGCGCUCAGGUACUACUACGACAAGAACAUAAUGACGAAAGUUCACGGCAAGAGGUACGCCUACAAAUUUGACUUCCAAGGUUUGGCGGCGGCGACGCAACCGGCGGCGGCUGAUCCCGCGGCGUACAAGUACCAGAGCGAACUCUUCAUGUCGGGUUACGGUCACGCAAAAUUGAACCUGAUGCCACCGCCGGCGGCCUCGGUCUCCGUAUCGGUUCCCGGGGGCCUCUUCCAGUCGGCCUCGAGCUACUGGUCGAGCCCCGGGGCGAACCUCUACGCCGGCCACCACACGGCGAGCGGCCACGUACCUCCGCACCUUGGUACUUACCCCCAUUACACAUGACCCACCGCCGAGCAUUGGGGCGCUCUUGGAGCCCCGCGCUGAUUGUGAGUCGAGCCCUUGAUGGCGCCGCGCCACGUGCCGCAGUGUCCUACCCUGUGCUGUGCCAUACCGUGCCAUUGCCGUGAUAACUCAUAACCGCCGGUCGAACCUGCACCCUUUCCACCCUUAGACCCUUACACCCCCGCCCCAUCCCCUCUCCUCACCGCGCUGCUCGUUUUUUCGUGCAGAAAAUUUCCCCGCCCAUCCAACAACCACCGAAAAAGAUCCUCGAGCAGGAUCUUGUGCUAUGUAUAACUGUUAUACGUAUAGUAUUACAUAUAGUAUUAUAGCUAUAUGUAUAACGUGCAGACCAAAUUCGUGCGAUCGUAUGUGCACGCUGUAUGAUAACACCAGAGACUUCGGCUUCUACACGCGAUUCACUCGCGGCUAUAAGGACGAUACAAAGACUCGUUAUAUUUUACUGCGCUGUAUUCCUGUACGUACGCGUGUAAUGCGUUACCAGUGAGAAAUUACCGACGCAACGUCUUGUAAAUACACAAAAAAAUCUCUCCACCGGGAUCCGACGGACGUCGUCGACCGUCGCCCCGCGGGCAUCGCUAGUCUUAAGUUAUUAUAAAUAUAUUGUGUGUAUUAUAAAGUCUCUUUAUUUAUUUCCGUUGAUCGUUUGUAUACCUGAAAGGGUGAACCGUCGUUUGGUGUUCUCGAAUCCGGGGGCUGGUCGGUUGUUCGUAAACGGCCUGUACCGUGCACUCUAAUUCCGCGGUUCGAAAAUUUCGAAGCAAUAAUGUACGAUUGAACAAUUAUACAGAGUCAACUUGUUGUUUUAACGAAACUUCCAAACGAAUCAGAUCUCUGCUCCGUCUAAUUUUUCACCUUUUACACGAUACGUGUAUUAUUUCUGUUCAAAAAUCGUGUACAUUUUUUUUUUAUGCAGCCCGCCUGUAACUUGAACAAGGUCAGAAGCAUGAAGCUUGGACCUGUGAGAACCAAUAUUAUAAAAACAGUAUAGAAAAUAUCAAGCGACGUGUUUACUUCAGAAUGAUAAGGAAGGAGAAAAAAAGAGAACGAAGAAAAGAAGGAAGAUGAUUAAAACAUACCUCUGUCAAAAGAAAACCAAAAAAACAACCAAAAAAAAAAAAUCGUUAAUUCUAAGUCGUAUAUUGUACCAUAUUACUACCAUAAGUAUAAAGUGCGUAAGCAUUAGCGUAAUAAUUAGAUACUAAAAACAAAAACAAAAUAAAUAUAUAUAUAUAUGUAUAUAUAUAUAUGUGUGUGUGAGUCAUUUCACGUCAAAUCACUCACUUUUAGAGCAAAAUUUACAUCGAUGUUUCCAAAUUUCACAAAAUUUUGUGAAUAUGUUAUUUUUUUCACGGGACAAUUUCCCUAAAUUUUAUGUAACUUUACUAUCAGUAUUUUCGACCCCGUGUAAUUUCGAAAAUACUUAUACUAAACUUCGAAAAAAUUAGAGAAAUUCUCUCGAAUCGGAGGCGAUAUAUUCACAUAGUUUUAUAAAAUUUGAAUACCCGACCGUUUCGAGAGUGUGCGGUUUGACGUCAAAUGACUCAUAUAUAAAUAUUUUAACGCGUUCGGGGAAUUUCUCGGGCUGGAUUUUUUAGACUCACGUACCAGAUGUAUUAAUUGAAAAAUUUAUACUCGUACUGCGGAAAUGUUCGACUUCCGAUCCGGGAAAUUCCCGUGCGACACCAAUGUAGAUAGGGUGUUUUCAUGUGUAGUGUAUUUAAAUAUAAAUUCUAUACAAUAAUAGUAAUAAUUAUUAUUAUUAUAAGCGCGUAGCGAUCCUAGUCGAGUGCGUGAGAAUUUACGCUGCAAGAACGGUGAAAAUAAUUAAUAAAAACGAGUAUAAAAGUUGUGCGUGAGUAAGAUAUAUAGAUACAUAUAAAUACAGGUAUGUAUAUAUACACGAGAGUGUGUAUGUGUGUGUGUGUGUGGAUGAUAUACGUACGAGUGCGAGUCAGCGAUUGCCCGUGGCGUUCGAAAUUAUAAAUAGGAUGAAAUAAUAUUAUACUUAUUAUUACUAUUAUCACUGUAUUAUUGAUACGAGUAUUAUUUUCAUUCUUAAAAAUGUGUUAGUUACUAUUAUUACCAUUACAGUGUAUACUAUAUACCUACAUGUAAGAUUACGAAUCAAACCGCAAUAAUUAUAUUAGACGGAGACCGUGAAAUUACGACGAGAAAAGAAUCUAUAAUGCAGUUGUAUAAUAUACAUGUUCGUUUCGUUCUUGUUAUUGUCUAUUUUUCUCGACACUUCUGUCAUUAUUCUCAAUUGUUUCUUUUCCUUUUCCUUUUUAUUUUAUUUCCUUUUUUUAUUUUAUUUUUUUUUUGUACGCCGGAUGUCUGAGUUUUAAGCGUAGGAUACGAUACGUUAGGUAGAUACGCAGCCCUCCCGAAUAACCGUAAUCACCGAUCGAAUGAAUUUUCAACUGUUUAUUAUUUAUUUAUAUUUUUCAUAUUUUCAUCAGAAAAUGCGGGGAAUUUCUAACGUCAGAUUUCACGACGACGACGAUGAUGAUGAUAAGUGUAACUUGUGAAACGAAUACGUGGUCGGGUGGGCUUGCCGUUGUUGUUCUUGUUGUCGUGCGCUUGUAUUAAAGUCGCCAUGUUCUAAUUAAAUGAGCCGAUGGGGUUGUAUCAGUCGUCGGCAAAAUCAA